AUGAUUCUCCCGCAUCUUCCCUCAAGCCCGGGUCACCGCAAACCAUCCUCUUUCACACCAACCGAUGUCCACGCAAUAUUUUGGCAGUCUUCAUCUGCCCUGAGGUAUCUCCACAACAAGAAGGCUCACCAUAACGACAUUGAGCCGGCAAACAUCACCUAUUCGCCUUCCCGCGGUGUCACGUUGAUAAAUUUCGGGCUAGCCACAAACGCUGAUGAACAGAUGAUGACGGGAGGUACUCCAUGGUAUGUCCCGCCUGACCUAAUAACGAAACGGCAUCGAGACGCGCUUGGGGGAUAUAUGGGCACUAGGGGUCACUAUGCUCUUCGUAUUAGGACGAUUACCCCUUCCGGAGAAAACGACGAAAGGUUGGCUCAUCCGCGCUGUGGUAGAACAAAGGAGGUGAUGCUCGGGGACAGACGAUAG